UUUGGUGGGAACAUUAAAAUACUGAAACAAGUGUGACUUGAUUGUUUUAAAGUUAGUAAUGAAAACACUGAAGUUACCCGAUAGGCAAAUAACUGUGGUUUUACAUCAACAACAUUGGUUGUAUGUUUAUUCGGAAGACACACGUCAACACAUAUUUUCAUUUGUGGAAACUGUUUCUGAUUUUACCCUUGAAGCUGCUCCCAAUUGCUGCCACUGGCUUUUAUGGGUUAUCUCAAUCUCAGGUCACCUCUACAGAAUCUUUGAACAAACCAUUUCUGAGUCCGUUACAGAAACUGUUGCAGUCAAAGAAGUAAAUGACUCCAUUUUUGAUGCUUUGUUACCAAAAUCUUCAGACUUAAACUUCCAACAAAAUACAGAACCAACUUCAUUUAUUCGACCACAGGAUUCUCUUUUACAAUUGGUUCCUGAUUCCACUGCUUUGUGUGUUUUCAUUGAUCUCAUUAUUGUCUCUUCCAUUACUAAAGAUGUGUGCACUGUAAAUGUAUAUCAAAAAGAAGAUAUAGCAUCCGUUUCUGAAAGAAAGGCCUCUGCUGCUCUGAUUGUUCCAUGCCUAACGAAAUGUAUCCCCCUACAGAUUUAUGACAGUCAGUCAUGUGACAAACAUAUGAAUCUUUAUUUAGUCACAUCUUCUUCCAAUUCUUCAAUUCCCUGCUCUCAAACCAUACAACUACCGUUGUUAGUUUUCACUUCCUUAUUUGGUGCUGAAGCUAGUCUGUUACAUUCAGCUGUGAUAUUACUAACCAUGCCGUCUGGGUUUGUUUACUAUUUUUCUCUUAAACAGUGGAAACCCCAACAAAAUUCCAUGGAUUGCCCUUUGUCUGUCCUUUGUAACCUGAAUGCUCCCAUUGUCAAAGUAUGUCUUAUUUAUCUCCGGAGACAAUCCACUAGUGACCUGCCAACUGAGACAAUGCCUAAUUCCCAAUCACCUGCAGCAUCAACAAGUGUCUCCCAGAAUCUUCCGUGCCUACUUCUCGCUGCUAAAAAUGGCAAAUGUUUUCUAUUUUCUCCACCAAGUAACUUCAAAAAUCAACUCAAAGUUCUUGAGACAAUUCAUUUAGAAGAUUCUCCAAUAUCAGAUUGUUGUCUGGGAAUUAAACCCUAUCAAUUAGUCUAUGCCACUAGGAAAAAGGUCAUCCAACUUGACCUUAAUUACAACGAAGGAAUCAGCCAAACCACCAAACACAUAGCAUCCUUGUCUGCCAUUUCUACCUUAGCAGUUCUUCAGCUAAAAGAUGACAACAAAUUGUUGUGUUUAUCAAACCAUGGCCAGUUCUAUAGCCUGUCUGUAUCAGAAGAGGGACUCAACAUGAACGCACAACUCAAACAAGAAGAAAACUCUGUUUCCCAGCUGCUUUCUCAAGUGGAAAAUAUCAAUAAGAAUAUUAAAAGAGCUUCAGGAAUUUUGGAUGCUCAGUCCCAUGUAAUUUCUCAGUUUGUAACUGGCAGCCACCUUACACGGGGCCAGUUUGUGUCCAGCAAUAUCCAGUGUAAACUGACCGUCUUUAAAGACAUCUACGGAAAGACAAUUCUCCAAUGUGCAAUCACUAACAGAAAACUGACCUUUACGUCUGAUUGGUCGUUUCUCGUGGAAGCUGUUCCAUCUCGAAAAUACCAAGAAAGUAAUCAUACAACUUGCCAUUCAUUAGUUAAAACCUUAUCUCUUGCCAAUGGUUUAAAACCUGAAGAAUCUGCUCUGAUUGACAUUAUUCCAAACAUCAUGGCACCCUCAGAUACAAGAAUUCGUGUUUCUGUUUGGCUUGUCUUUAACUUACCAUUUUGUGAGUUUUAUCUAGAUUCCCCAAAUGAUAUUUCUAGAUAUUUAGAAACCCAGCUUUCAAAGGGAAUGGCCAUUCCUGUCUUUAAAGGAAACACUGAUUUCUUAUCUUUUGUUUUACCUUUGGAAAGGGAAGAAUCCAAAAUCCAUUCUAUUUCAAGUAUUAAAUCUCCUUCUUUAACUAAAAAAGUACAAACAAUUGCCUGUGAUAAACCCAUAUAUGCAACCGUCUCUGACCCCCAAAAGGACCUUGUUAUGGAAUCGGAACAGUUGUUCACUCAUGCAAUUGAUAUUCCUGCUUCUCUUAAGAAUUCCAUUUUUGACCACAACUGUACAGAUUCGACUCAUCAAUCCUGUCUUCUCAAUGAUUUACUGACUAAGAUGGAGGUGAUGUCAUGUGAUGUGACAGACUCCUCGGUGACCCUCAACUCAACUGAUUGUGGUCAGCUUAUUAUUGCUGUCCAUCAGAAGGAUCAUGUUAAAUACAUCCUAGAGAUCCAAGCCUCCAGCCAAGGAGUCGUAGCUGAAACUGUCCAUGCCAUCUUACUUCGACUUAUGAAAUUGUUGUCUGAUAAGCCGACUGUUACAUUGGACUGUUCCAAGUUUGGUCAAGAGAUGGAGAUAAUAACAGAAGAAGUGAAAUCAAUCCAGGAAGAUCUAAAUUCUACAGAAAUGGUUGACAGUAAAAUCAUGACCCGAGUUUUAUUGGCGUAUCUAAAGUCAAGGAACCUUGAUUUCAUCAUAACAUCAGAUUUGACUGAAGAGAAGACAACAAACAUGAAGAAUGAGAGAAGGAAGAAGAGAUGAAAGUGAAUCGAGGAGAGCAGCACAAAAACUUCUCUGACAGAAAAAUCAGGCACAAGGCCUGAAAUUUGCUGGUCAAUUACGUCGACCCCAGUCCUGGAAUGGUAGAUAUUUCAUCAACCCUAGAAGGAUGUCAGGC